UAAUAAGUUUAUAGUGCUGGGUUUAAUUACAUAAUUAACAAAAAAAAAGAAAAACAUUAUAUUAUAAUAAACACUGCAUUAGGGUAUAUUAUACCUAUAAUACACGAGCGUUCGGCUCGCGGACGGAAACACCCGAGGAGACUCCUCAAACCGAUUUCAUACGAAUUCUUGACUUCUUAUAAACUUAAAACUGAUAAAAACAAUUUUUUAACAAAGUGACAAUUUAUGUAGUAAUCGACCAUUAAUGGUCCAUAUUACCAUUAACCAUUGGGCCUUAUUAUUAAGUGCAUCGAAAAACUCGCGUAUAUAAAUUUAUCGAAUUUUAUUUGUGAACGAAGUUUCGCAGCGUGCGCCGAUUCUCACCCGAGACCCGCUCGGUUCAGCCAAAGUAUCAGGCAAGAAAUCCCGUGUAUAGUUUAGUGUCCGCGAAAGUAUUAAUUUAUCGGCUCAUUUUAUUCGAUUAAUUAAUUAAUAAUUUAACGGGAUUUUAGAAAAAUGAACCUCCUGGAAAUCACCAAGGAACUGAAAAAUGACAUCGAAACUAAUCAAAAUCAGUUACAAAACGCUAUUCGUAAUCAUCAGUGCCUAUUGGUCAAGGUGAAAGACAAUCCUGACGAAAAGGAAUAUUUGCUCAAGGAAAUUGAACUAACUGAAGACACCAUAAGGCAGAUCGGGUAUCAGCAGAAAAAACUGUUGGCUAGACUGAGGGAAGAGUACAAGGCCCACCAUAAGACUGCAAAAUCAGCUGUGGUGAAAACAGGAUUGGAGGAACGAAAAGUGCCCCUCAGGAGUUCCAUUGUUAGGGCUCGGAAGCAAAAUUUAACUCGAGCACGAUCCUCCCCGUCAAACUCCCACUCGGACGAUUCCGAGCGUUCUCGGACACCGCCGCCGGAGAGUCCGUCGUUGUUACCGCCGACCAAUCCCGAAGACGUCAGCCAGUCGACGUUCCUCGGCUAUUUCCGGUUGGCCACGCAUGCGGUCCACGGGGAAAUGCAAAAGAAACGGGCGGAAAGAAAGCGACGGAGCACCGCCAAUCCUCAUUUCGUUUACGGUAAUAAAGGAUGGGACUUUUUGGGGCCAGCUGCUAAAAAGAAACGGGGUAACUUCUUGAUACAUCCUCCAUCGCCGCCCAAUACAAGAGGUCGGAAACGUCAAGAGCUAAACGCCGGCAGACGGUCCAAGUCAAAAUCGCCGCCCACAACCAAAGUGUUGGUACCCCCAAAGAAGAUAUCCCCCAAUAAAACUGUGAUGACCAACGGGAAUAGUAGCGCAAAUAAUAAAAAUAGCGAACUUAAGCCAAUGUUACCGUCUUCCAUGCUUCCUUCCAUUCCGAAUUUGCCCAGUGAGCUGGUUAUCGAGAGAAUAGACUCGGAGAGUGUCCCCGACCAAAAAAUCUGUAUCGUCUGCAAAGCACCAGGUGCACUGUCCAGAUGCGAACGAUGUUCGAGCGGGUUCCACGUGAGCUGCCACAAUCGGCCGUUCGCGAAAAUGCCGACGCAGUGCCCCAAGUGCCUCAACCGACAUCCGGAGGCGCGUUGUGCGGCCAGUAGCGGCGGGGGCGCCUCCUCCUCCUCCUCUUCGUCCUCCUCCUCCUCCUCCUCGACUUGUUCCUCAACCUCUUCGAGCAACGGAGGAAGUUCCGCCAUGACCAUUAGUUUAGUUAAUCCGCAAGAAGUGACCGUAUCUUUUAGAGAGGCGCGAGUUGAAGCGACGACUGGAAGAGAAACACACGGAAUUAACGGCGGAACUGACCCAGUUGCAAAACCGUCACUCGGAACUGACGAUCUCGGUGAGGAACCAGGAAAUCCAGAAGGAGCAAAUCAAAUUGAACAAUCAGGCGACGCAGGCGAAAGUGCAACAAGUGAUUAAGUUUAUUGAGAUCGUCAAUAAUUUUUCAGUUCCUGAAACGACUAACGCUAGUAGUGCUACUAGCUCUUAGUUUUUUUACCACUUUUUGUUUUUUUUUUUUUUUAAAGUGAUUCCUUUAUUUUAUUCUAGAAAAUUUUAAUGGUUACUGUUAGAUUUGUUGGAACGUUAUUAUUACUGUUACUGGACCAUUAAUAAUAAACUUGUAUAUAUGUAUAAUUGGUAAAUAAGGAUUUGUUUAUAUAUUUUUUUAGAAUUUGUAAUGAAAAUGCCAAUGUUUUAAUGUAAAUAAAUAUUUUGCAAAAAUUUA